AUGGACGAGGCCGACCAGGAGAAGACAUCCUUCAUCACCGACCGAGGCUUAUACUGUUACAGGAUGAUGUCGUUCGGCCUCAAGAAUACUGGGGCCACAUACCAGAGACUAGUCAACAAAAUGUUCCGAGACCAGAUUGGCCGAAACAUAGAAGUCUAUGUCGACGACAUGCUUAGAGGUAUUGAGGCUAAUCCCGAGAAGGUGAAAGCUGUUUUAGAAAUGCAACCGCCUCGAACCACUAAACAAUUGCAGCAACUAACCGAGAGAAUAGCAGCCCUGAACCGAUUCAUCUCCCGGUCUACUGACAAAUGCCUCCCUUUUUUCAAAAUUUUGAGGAAAGCAUUCAUAUGGACCGAGGAAUGCGAGGAAGCCUUUGGCAAACUGAAAGAAUAUCUAAUGAAUCUGCCACUCUUGAGCUGUCUGGCCGAAGGAGAAAUAAUCUAUCUCUACUUGGCAGUAUCUCCCUCGGCUAUCAGUUCGGCCUUGGCUAAGGGCCUACUUCCAAGCCCAUGCAAUACGAGUAUUGACCAAGUGUCCAAUGAAGAAAGUAUUGCAGAAGCCAGACCUCUCGAUCAGCGAGGUCGGCGUCAUGCUUACCAGACAGGAUGGAGAAAAUCCCAGUAUGCAAUCAAGCUAGACUUCGUCACUACAAACAAUGAAGCAGAAUACGAAGCCGUUUUGGCUGGGCUCUCCAUAGCUCAGGAAAUGAGAACCAGGAACCUGGAAGUCAGAAGCGAUUCACAAGUAGUGGUUUGCCAUAUCCAGGGACAAUCCGAGGCUCAAGGUGAAAAGAUGAUCCGAUGCCUCGACAAGGUACACAAAUAUCAAUCUAACUUUGACAGGGUAGCACUGACAAAAAUUCCUCGAGAAGACAGUGCCCAAGCGGACGCUUUAUCUAAAAUGGGUUCCAGAACUGGUCCCAAGAUCAAAACAUUUGCCAAUGAAGUGAUAGUGCAGACUGAGCCAUCCAUCAUCCCAAAGCAAGAACUGAUGGAAAUCGAAGAACAAUCAACCGAUCCUAAGUGGGCAACGGGAGUCAUCCAAUACCUCCGGAAUAGAUCACUUCCCGAAGACAAGAUGUUGUCUCGAAAGGUAAAAGUACAUUCGGCUCGGUACACGCUAAUUGGAGGAAUAUUGUAUCGAAGAGGACAUACUGAGCCUCUCCUAAAAUGCCUCACAAAUUCUGAGGUCAAGUACGUACUCAAAGAGAUACACGAAGAGGUUUGCUGA